GUUUUGCAAACCUUGAAUUUAGCUAAUAAUAGAAUUCUACAUUUGCCUGUUACAUUAUUUAAAUCUCAAAAAUAUUUACGAAUGUUAAAUUUGAGUGGAAAUAUGCUCGAGAAUAUAAAUUUUGAAAUUAGACAUAUGACAAAUCUUAGAUAUAUAGAUAUAUCUGACAAUAGAUUUUCUCUCUUAGACGUUUCAUUUACUACUCAACUCGAUGAUUUGACAAACCACGUGCGUCACUUGACAGUUGAUAUUUCUGGAAAUCCUAUUAAAUGUUCGUGCGACUCAAUUGUAUUUAUUGAAUGGCUAACAACUACAAAGGUUCAUCUACAUAACAUGUUUCAACAAGAAUGUUCUUCAAUGAAAAUGUAUCUCAAUAACUCAAUAAACAAUUUAUGACAACUUGAAAAAGAAAUGUUCAUCAUAUGUGACAACCCUUGUUGUCGUGGUAUCUUGGAUGCUUAUCUUUGUAAUAAUUAUAAUUGGAGGUCUUCUUUAUCGUUACAGAUGGACAAUUCGUUAUUUAUAUUAUAUUGUCAAAAGUAAACAUCUAGGAUACGUCAAACCUCUACAAGUGGACACACAUUUCUUGUAUGAUGCGUUUAUCUCCUAUGCGGACGAAGACGAAACAUUUGUACACUGGACUUUACUUAAACACAUAGAACAGGAAGGAAAUAUUCGUUGUUGCGUGCAUAAACGUGAUUUUGUGCCUGGAAACGACAUCGCAACUAAUAUUACUUCCGCUAUCCAUAACAGUCGUAAAACGGUCGUGAUAAUGUCUCAUAGCUUUCUUGCUUCUGACUGGUGUAUGUUUGAAUUCAAUAUGGCAAAAAUGGAGAGCAUCUACUCGCGAAGUAAUGAGAACAUUAUCUUUAUUGUCUUCAUAGAACAAUUGUCGUCGAAGGAUCUUCCUUUAAACGUUUUAGAACUUGUCCAAUCCAAAUCCUACAUAGAAUAUCCCAACGACAAAUAUGGUGAUGUCGUAUUCUGGGAGAAGGUCAAAGAAACAUUAUCGAUGUAGAUAGAUCAGACAUUGGUAAAACUUUAUUAGUUAUUUCACGUUAUGCACUUCAGUUUGGUGAUACAUAUAACAUUCAGGACUAAGUACACUUUGACUUUU